AGCCGCGAGCGUAUUUGAUAGCGAUCCGGAGACCGCGUCCAGGUACGGGUGAUGUCCACUCGCGGAAGGCGAGGAACUCGGGUGAUCUGGCCUGGCCUGGUCGGCUGGGCUUAGGGUAACACUGGACGAAGGCCAGAGACUCUGGCGUGGGCAGGUGGAGUCCGGAAGCGUGGAGGACGGCGCGCCAGUCAGCCGGCAGCCAGGAUCUGUGAAUGUUGGGAGAAACGAAGGAGGGAGACAAAGGUGGUGACGAUCGGUGGGUUGUGUCCUGUGUGUGAGCCCCGAGGACACACUCUAAAGCGGCCUCUCCUCCGUUUUUGGGUGUCGUGCGCACACCUAAUCUUGGAGGUAGCUAUCUGGCCUUGGAGUGGGGUGCUCAUGUCUGACUGCCGCGUGAUGGAUGGAAGCCCUUGAACACUAUGAGAUUUUUGUUUUCUUUUUUGUGUAACAGCAGAGUAUGCCUCUGGUGGUCUGGUCUCAGAAAUCGCCAUCUCUAGUCUGCGCAGUGACGCCCUUCUACGCCCAGUGGUGCCCAGUUGCCUCCGGGUGCAGGAGGAAAGCCUCCAGAGGAAAUGGUGCGCCCUGAGGUGACCAGCUGCAGCCCAUGGAGAUCCAGUCCAAUGGCAAGCCUCAGGAAAUGCGGCCUCAGUCAGAUGGUGAGACUAAGCCCAAGACUGAAGAAGCAGCUUCCGAAAAGGAAAUUAUAGCAAAAAAUGGAGGAUCCGACAGCCCCAAAAAGGAUAUUCUCCAGGAUUCUGAAGACAGAGAAUUCUAUGAAUUUGGGGAUGAAGUAAAUGAAAUGGAUCAGAAUCUCUUUGAAAGAAGGGAAUACAUUUGUGAAGAGUGUGGACAAAGCUUUGCUUGGACUACUGGCCUUAUUAGGCAUCAGAGAACCCAUUGGGAGAAACCCUAUGAAUGUGAUAAAUGUGGAAAGGCCUUUCGUGUGAGCUCAGCCUUGGUUCUGCAUCAGAGAAUCCACACUGGAGAGAAGCCCUAUCCUUGUGGCUGGUGUAUGAAAAGUUUCAGUAGGAGCUCAGAUCUUAUUAAACAUCAAAGAAUCCACACUGGAGAGAAGCCUUAUAAAUGUGACGAAUGUGGUAAAGCCUUCAGUCAGAGCUCAGAUCUCAUUAUCCAUCAGCGAAUCCAUACAGGAGAGAAACCCUAUCAGUGUAAUCAUUGUAGUAAAAGCUUCAGCCAGCGCUCAGAUCUGGUUAAACACCAGAGAAUCCACACUGGAGAGAAGCCUUAUUCAUGUAACCAAUGUAACAAACAUUUUAGUCAGAGUUCUGAUGUCAUAAAACAUCAAAGGAUCCACACUGGGGAGAAACCAUAUAAAUGUGAUGUGUGUGAGAAGGCCUUCAGUCAGAGCUCAGAUCUCAUUCUACAUCAGAGAAUCCACACUGGAGAGAAACCAUACCCAUGCAAUCAGUGUAGCAAAAGUUUCAGUCAAAACUCAGACCUUAUUAAACAUCGAAGAAUCCACACUGGAGAAAAACCCUACAAAUGCAAUGAAUGUGGGAAAGCUUUUAAUCAGAGCUCAGUCCUGAUUUUACAUCAACGAAUUCACACUGGAGAGAAACCUUAUCCUUGUACUCAGUGUAGCAAGACUUUCAGUAGGCUGUCAGAUCUUAUUAAUCACCAAAGAAUUCACACUGGAGAGAAGCCCUACCCCUGUAAUCAGUGCAGUAAAAUGUUUAGUAGAAGAUCAGAUCUUGUUAAACAUUACAGAAUUCAUACAGGUGAGAAACCCUAUGAAUGUGAGGAGUGUGGAAAAACCUUUAGUCAGAGUUCCAAUCUUAUUCUGCAUCAGAGAAUCCACACAGGAGAGAAACCUUAUCCCUGCGGUCAUUGUGCUAAAAGCUUUAGUCGCCGCUCAGAUCUCGUUAAGCAUCAGAGAGUCCACACUGGAGAGAAACCAUACACAUGUAAGCAGUGCAAUAAAAGUUUUAGCCAAAGCUCAGACCUCACUAAACAUCAGAGAGUGCACUCUGACGAAAAACCCUCUCAUUGUGACAGCUGUGUGAAAGCCUUUGUCAGUUCUGACCUUAUUCUUCAUCAGAGAAUUCACACUGGAGAAAAACCAUAUCCAUGCACACAGUGCAGCAAAUGUUUCCGUCAGAACUCAGACCUCACCAAACACCAGAGAGUUCACACUGGGGAAAAACCGUAUAAAUGCACUGAAUGUGGAAAGGCUUUCAGCCAGUGCUCUACUCUGAUCCUGCAUCAGAGAACCCACACUGGAGAGAAGCCAUAUUCCUGUGAUCACUGUAGCAAAAAUUGAUCUCAUUCACCAUCAGAAAACCCCACACUGGUGAAAGACCAUGUAAAUAUGUGUAUGGGAAUGCCUUCAGCAUGUGAACAGAUCUUGGUGAACACCACAGAAACCACACUGGGAGGAAACCCUGCCAGUGUAUUUAGUGCACCUGAAGUUUUAACCAACCCUCUGACCUUACUAACCAUGAGAAGGUCCAUUUUGGUGAAGCCAGCCUAAAUGCAAUCAAUGUAGGAAAACCUUUUGUGUAUACACCAACUUGAUGCAGUACUGGAGACACAAUAUCAGAACAAAUCUUACAAAUGCUAUUGAUGAGUAUGAAAUAAGGUUUUAAUUAAUGCUCAACACGUACAUUAAAAAGAAAACCCACAUAGAGAACACUUCAGUUUUUGUAGUGCAAAUUCUAGUUGAAGCCAUACAGUA